AAACUUCUCGUAGGUUUUUAUUUUUAAGGCGCGGCAGCUGCGUAUUGUCCAAAUAAUCAGAUAAAUAAAUAAAUUAGGGUCCAAGAAGUCCGCCUUCCUGCCGCGGAUUCCCUGGAAUCUCGGAGAUGGCCCAAGACAAUGCAAGUCCAAUAGAUGCACUCUGGAGCAAUGCUUUUUUUGGGGAUCUAAAAGGCGAUUCGGAUAUGGAGGCUGAAGAGGAUGAUCCUAGCGAUCCAGAGGGUUUCACCCAAGAAGCCCUGAAUGCAAAGCAAGUGGUGUUAUGCCUGUCCAAAUCCAUCGUCUCACUUGUCUCUCCUGUUGAUGGGAAGCCUCUGUUUGGUUGCACAGGCACAGUGGUCAAUCAUGUGGGUUCGGAGACAUGGAUACUCACCUCAGCUACGCUGGUUAGGAAACCUGACACCGACCAUGAUGCUUACAAAGCGGAUGAAGUUAAGAUUGAAGUGCUUCUGCACGACAAAAGGACUAUCAAUGGGUGCAUCUCAAUGUGCAAUUUGCACUAUAAUAUUGCUGUUGUCGCUGUUGAGAUACAGUUUGAUCUUCCCAUGGUGGCGCUUAAUGACCUUCCUGAAUGUUACUCCUUGCUGGGUCGGCCUGUGAUAGCUGUAGCUCGGGACUCCAAGUCACGAGCUUUACUGGUGAGACAGGGGAACAUGAUUCGUAAAAGAAGCAAGUUGGACUGCAGUGAGCUUUUGCUCUGUACCUGUCCUGUUAAUAAGAUUUUUAUCGGGGGGCUAGUCGUAGACUUUGAAAGAAGAAUCAUUGGCAUCACUUUUUUUGGCAAGGACACCACUCAUAUCGUGCCAACCGAGAUUAUGGCAAGAUGUGUGAAACACUUCAAGGAGUUCAGGACACUCAAGCAGCCUUGUGUCUGCAUAAGGGGACAUGCUCUUCACAGUUUGGAACUAAGCAAUCUGGAAAUUUUAUGCCUCAAGUUCCCCAACCUAUCUUGUGGAGUUGGAGUUGUGGUAGACCAGAUAUCUGGAAUAUCAUCAGCAAAUUUUGGAGGCAUCGAGGCUGGUGAUAUCAUCUGCAGUAUCGAUGGGGUUGUUCUGUAUUCUGUAGCUCAGCUUACUGCGAUUCUUCUUGAUACGGUGGUUGCUAUGAAAUCCCAGAAGGCAACGAUCCUCCAGGCAGUGAUACAAAGACCAAGAGAUAACACCAAAUUUAUUGCGAUGCUGAAUAUAUGGGAAAAUGGUUCUGUCGAAUAUGGCAAUUCCUUUUGUAACAGAUGGCCAUUGCUGUGAAAGAAACGAGAUUGUGGUGUUCAAAUAUGAAGUUAUUGCACUUGAAUGAUUGAAGUAAUUCUUAGGCACUGGAUACGCUCCUCAUGACCUAGGUGCGGCGUUUGGUUCACUGUCCACAUUUUGCCAGCCAAAAUCAGAUUACAAGUGCUCUAGCUUUCUCACGAGAAUCUGUGCUCUCAUUCAGUUCCUUGCUCAAAUCUUCAAGAAUGGAAUGAGGGAGGAAGAGAGAGUAGCUUUGGAGCACUUGUUAGGGUUCCUGGCGCAUAACCAGCCCCCAAAACUGGUCGUUAUUCUGUGAAGUUAGUGAAAGUUCUUAUUUUUGGAACUUCCGACAUCCAAGGUACUUCCGAUAUAUGCUCGCGAAACCCUGUGGAGUUGGAGCUUCUGAUCCAAGUUGGAACUUUCCGACCCUACAGAGCCUGAGAAGGUGACGUGGCUUGCGCUGUGCUCUCAGAGCAAGUCAAACUUCCGACCUCCAGAGUGCAGAAAAACCUUCUACAAGCUCAGCAUGAUCCAUUAUAUCACCUAGAUUGAUUUUAGUUUAUUAUUAUUGAGCAUCUGGGUUCA